AUGAACAUCUGCCUCGACGACGCGGGCUCGCGCCGUGGCGGCGCGCGGCCAUCUGCGAGCCGAUACGAAGUUCGACGAGCAACUGCGUGUGGCUAUCUGCGAGCCGAUACGAAGUUCGACGAGCAGUCUGUCUUCGCUGUCCUAGUCCCGUCAAAGUCAGUCGGCCUCCCGUCGGACCGUCCGCAACCACCCGGCCCGCCGUCCUCCUCGUGCCCCGCGCCCACUGCUAUCUUCUAUCUGCCAGGGCCUGCGGCGCGCGCCGACGUCCUGUGCUACUGCUUGCGCUGCCUCCCAUCUGUCUGCCCGAUGAAGCUCUGUAUCAGCGCCCCGCUCGUCUCGUUCACUGCCAAUCUGGGCUGA